AUGCUUUUAAAAGAAGGGGAAAUGUUGGUGUAUUCAACUUUUGGGGAAGAGAAAGAAGAAGGAAAUUUGGUUCUUUGAAUUAUUUAGAAAAGAAAUAAGGAGGUAUUUUGGUGGUUUUGAUUUGUGGGGAGAAAGAAGUGAGAAAAUUUAGUUUUCUCUUUUCAUCCGUUCUUCCUUCGCAACACUCUAGCGAUUCAAAGAAAAACGAAUAUACAAGCAGAGAGUCCACCAAAUUGAAGAGAACCGUCUCGCAGUUGACUAGCAACACAAGAAGGCCUGCCCCACAACGAACUCGGAGCUGACAUCUUAGACGUUGUUGUUGUUUGGCCAAUUUAACACAAGAAGGUACGUACCCAACUUUGGCAACAGACCCAACUCGCCAUUUAUAUGAUAGCUUAUAAUGACUCUUAUUUAAAGAUUACCUAACAUAUAUCUACUCUUUCAAAUUGUCCCGACUACAAAUACCGCAACGCACGCUUCCACUGACGCCAACCCAAGCCAGACCGGAAGUAGUGAUAAAAAAGAUGAAGGCUGCAGUGAGGGAAACCUGCAUGGUCCGACCGGCCGGGCAAACCCCGAGCCAGCGCCUGUGGCUGUCGAACCUGGACCAGUUCUUCGCCAAAACCGCUCACGUCCCGAUGCUGCAACCUUACAGCUGGCGCCGCCCUGACGGCGGCGGCGCUGCUCGCGGUUUCUUCAACUGCAGGGUGCUGAAGGAGUCCCUGAGCCAGGCCCUCAUCACCUUCUUCCCGGUGGCCGGGAGGCUGGCCCAGGCCCAGGACGGAACCGGCCGGUUUGAAAUCGACUGCAACGGCCAAGGCGUCCUUUUCGUCGAGGCGGAAACUGACGUCACCAUCUCCGAGUUGGGCGAUUUCCAGCCUGCUCCCGAGUUGAUGCAGUUGGUCCCGCAAGUUGACUUCUCCAAGGGCAUUUCCUCCUUCCCGCUGCUUCUCGUGCAGGUGACGAGAUUCCGAUGCGGCGGAGUUUGCCUGGGGAUCGGGUAUCAUCACGCUGUCUCCGACGGUAAAGGAUUCUAUAAUCUACUGACUGCAUGGUCUAGCCUAGCUCGUGGCCUAUCCGUCGCCACGAACCUGCUGCCUUUCCUCGAUCGAACAAUUCUCUGCUCAAGAUCUCCGCCGUCUCCCACAUGGCAGCACCCCGAGUACUGCGAAUCAAUCGACGACGAGCAGCAAACCCCGCCGCCGUCUCCGUUGUCAACUUCCACCCGGAUCCUAAACUUGUCCGUCGACCAAAUCACGUGCUUGAAAGAGGAAGCCAACAGUAGUACUAACGGCGACGUUAAUCAUCGUUACACCACCUUCGAGGUACUGACGGCGCACAUCUGGCGGUGCGUGACCGUAGCCCGCAGCUUCGCCGAUCGAAACCAACCAGUCACUCUCCACGUUAGCAUCGACGGCCGGAGGAGGUUCGAGCCGAUGCUGCCGCCCGGCUACUUCGGCAACUGCCUGUUUCACGCCGUGGUGCCGGCGUCGACGGCGGAGCUGGCUUCGGAGUCGCUGCGGCGGACGGCCGGGAGGAUCCGUAGGGCGAUAAGGAGGAGUGACGAUGAGUACAUGAGAUCGGCUAUAGACUGUCUGGAGCUAGCUGGAGCGUCCACGGUUCGAAUUCCUGGGAUUUCCGGGUCGCCCCACCUCAAGGUCAUCAGCUGGACCCAGCUGCCGUUCGGACAGGAUUUCGGGUGGGGCGACCCGAUUUUCCUUCGGCCAGCGAGCUCGUGGGAAGGGUCCUGUCUCAUACUGCCGAAACCCAAGGAUGGAGACGACGGUCUGUCGUUCUCCAUUUGCUUGGAGGCCGCCGUGAUGGUGAGAUUCAAAGGGUUGUUGACUACUGAUGAUAGUAUUGUACUAAGCAACACCACCGCUACUACAUUACCACAACUUCUUUCUCGCUUGUAAUUUAAAACGUCAGAGGUAACUUCCCAUAAGAUCACUCGUUCUUGCAGUGUUCUUACAGUGAGCAACUUCGAAAUUCUCACAAGCUCACUACAAACCGCGUCUUGUUAGUUAAAGAUGAUUUCUUACUUAUAAACCAUGAUUGGUUGUGUUUAUUGGUCACGAGCUGGGAUUGUUCUGUUUGUCUAAUGUGCCAUAGUUUGGGUCGUUUGUGGUUCCUUAUUGUCUUUGUGGUUAUAAAUGAGCAAGUUGUAGUACUUGUUUCACCGAAGCCUGAAUUAAUUGAGACUUUGGUCAACUUGGCAAGGCGCACACCAUAUGGGUCUUUUUGGAGGAUGUCUUUAACAGAUCAAAUGAGACGUGCAUUUGGAGUCAAAUACAUUGUUAUGGGAUAAUCCAAUCCAAGUACCACAUCGUAAAUACAAGGGAAGGAAUCCUUGUAUAUUAGUGUCCACCAAGCCAAAUUAGUACGAGGCCUUUUGGAGAGGACAUCCAAGAGUAAAAUCGUGUGGGCUUGGCCCAAAUCGGACAUUAUCGUAUUAAUUGAGCACCCCGAUUUGACAUGUUAAGUCAAUUCUCAUGAAUCUUUUCUCCAAUUACACUGUUUAACUUUGUUAUUUGGGACGAGGUUGAAGCAAUUGAAUGGUCGCCUAUUGUAGGAAAAUAGACCAGCUGCCGUUGUUGUGGAUCUUUUAUGUAAGGAUUCUUUCGGCUUGUAAGCCCCUUUUCCCAAAGCGGACAGUAUCGUACGAAUUGAGCACUCCGAUUUGACAUGCCGAGUCAAUUCUCAUGAAUCUUUUCUCCAAUUACACUGUUUAACUUUGUUAUUUGGGACGAGGCUGAAUCUUUUCUCCGAUGAUUCGCCGCCGGUAGUCUCUGUUCACAACUGGGCAUGGUUCCCGCAGCUGUGGAGAAAAACAGGGUGCUAUAAUAUUAUUUUGAGCAAGCAGUCAGGAUUCUCUGUGGCCGAGUGUGUCCGAUUAUGCAUUUCCGGUGGGUACUUCAAUCGACUUAAACAUUAGCAUCAAUUCAUGCACGACAUGGACGAACGGGAAAAAAAAUAAUGAAACAUAAACAUGUAUAUAUAAUACUCGUAUCAAAAUCAAACAACGAGACAAAAUAAAACGAAAAAUAAAUGCUCCUCCAUAAAUCACAAGGUAAUUAAAUCUUUACAUCAAUAAUCAAUGUACGACGUACCGUUUGAAGUAUUACCAAAAGACGACUAAACUAGAACAUGGAAUACAUCCUCCAAUCAAAAACUGGGAAAUUCUUUUAUUUUGGCACAAUCAGAAUGGCAUUGAUCAUGAUGCCUAGCACAUUGGAAGAUCGAUUGGAAUAUGAACUGGGUUUGCAGGCACAAAUUUCUAACCAUGUAAUAAUUAACCCAAGACUUGUUUGCUAAGAUCUAGGGCAACUCCGGUGUCACAGCAGCUCCCGGCCCGAACCAGACCACCGUAGAAUUCAAUGCAGCACAUCAGGUCGUUCUGUGCUUUCACCACAAUCCCCUUAUCAUCCCACCACAACAUCACAAUCAUCGCUAUGAUGAACAAUACGAUUCCCACCCUCAUAUUCCCUUUGUUUUGUUGUUGUUGUUCUUCUUCUUCUUCGCCGCUUUCUAGAGGGUUGUCGGUGCACGAUUCGACGUAAAAAAAAUAUAUCAUAAAUUGACCCGCAAUUGUUUCCUCCUCAUUUCCUCUUCUUUUGAUAAUGUCGAUGAAAGACGUCCUUAUCUCUUCACGAAAAAAAAAAUCCUCUUGCAGCUCUCGAUGGAGUGGGUAAGACCUAGGGCGAUAUGAAUGUUUUUUGGAUUUGAUUUUUUCCUGCGGAUCUCGAUGGAGUUGGUUUUGAAUUUUCAACCGAGGAAAGUGUUUUGUACAAAAAAAAAAUUUAUGGUCGCUAAAAAGACAAUACAUCGUGGCAAAAGAU